AUGAGCUUUCUCGAAUCGACCGGCGAAUCGGAUGAACAGAGAAGUGUUGACGAGCCGGCGGAGGUUACCAGUAUUGAUUACGAGUCACCCAGCGAGAAACAAAUCAAUGAUGCAUCCAACUUUCCCGAUGGAGCUACAAAGGCUUGGUUGAAUGUUGUCGGGGGAUGGUGUAUCUUUUUCUCUAUGUUUGGAUGGGCGAAUGCGUUUGGUGUGUUUCAAGACUACUAUCAGGAACACCAACUCAAGCAUUACUCGGCUUUCCAGAAUUCUUGGAUCUCCUCGAUCCAGACGUUCAUUCUGUUCGGAGGAGGCAUCGUGGCCGGCAAAUAUUACCAGUUCAUUCUGUCUCAGGGUAUUCUUCAGUUCUCUAGUCACUGUUAUCCAUUUACGCGGCAUACUAAGCAUAUCCAGUAUCGGCGGCGUCGUGUUUCCAUCUGCUUGGAGCAUCCUUGUCCUCGCUUGGACUUGGUUGGGCCAUCCGCAUUUGCACCUUCAUCUCUACCCACCGUGACCUCGCGCCUACCACCGACCCCGAAGCCUGUCUCGAUCAUGAAUCACAUCCGGCCAUUGAAAGAACUCCCCUUCCUAAUGCUCAGCGCCGGCUGCGCGCUUUUCUACCUGGGCAUAUACCUACCCUUCAACUACAUCAUCGUGCAGGCGGAAUACGAAGGGAUGUCUGCCGCGCUGGCCGGGUAUCUCAUCCCGAUCCUCAACGGCGCCAGUCUCUUCAGCCGCAUAAUACCCGGCAAAGCCGCCGACAAGCUCGGCAGGCUGAACACGAUGAUUGCCAUGUGUGCUUUUGCAGGGAUUAUCGUGCUGGCGCUGUGGCUACCGGGGACGGGGAAUGCGCCUAUUAUCGCUUUUUCGGCGCUGUAA